GCGUGUCUUUCGAGUGCUGGAAAUCAAAAAUUUUCAGCAACGCAAUUGCAAGUGAUUUAAAAAAAAAAAGUAGAAGCAUUAAGUAUUUACAAACCGGAAUAAACCCACUAACACACAUCGCGAAAAUGCCACGAUACCGGGAAUGGGACCUGGCCUGCAAAGUCUACGUGGGAAACCUGGGCUCAUCUGCCUCCAAAUACGAGAUUGAGAAUGCGUUCAGCAAGUAUGGACCCUUGCGCAACGUUUGGGUGGCCCGCAACCCGCCAGGCUUUGCAUUUGUGGAGUUUGAGGACCGUCGUGAUGCAGAGGAUGCAACCCGUGGCCUGGACGGAACCCGUUGCUGUGGCACACGCAUUCGCGUGGAAAUGUCUUCUGGUCGGUCACGCGAAGGACGAGGCGGUGGCGGCGGCGGUGGUGGUGGCGGCGGAGGAGGUGGCGGUGGACCGCGUCGUGGCGCCCGAAGCGGUAGUGGGGGCGGCGGCGGCGGUGGUGCCCGUGCUGGGGACGGCGGUGGACGAUAUAGAUCAAGGUCCCCAAGAAGGUCAAGGACACGCAGUCGCAGCUUCUCAAGGGAUCGUCGCAGCCGUUCCGACUCCCGGGAUCGGCACUAG